CCAAAGUGUGCUUUUGCUAAUUGGAUGAACGGGAUCCCAGGACUGGAAAAGCAGCUGCCCACGGGCUUCAGGCAUUGUGUGUCUCAGCCCCUGGCCCCAGACCUGUCUUUCCUGGUCCCCACAGCUUGCACGCUGCAGGCCCAGCCCCCAUGUCUCCCAGCAGGUUGGGAGGAGGUGUGGGAACCCAGCAGGUCUGAGUUUACUCACCUCCCCUGCUGUGGGUCUACAGAAAUGCCUCCCAGGCUAUCCAGGAGGGGUCAAGAGAUUAAAAACGGGUCCAGAGGGCUCAGAUGCCACUCACCAGACAGCAGGGUUGACUGCUAGAGACCCUGAGCCCAGUCCUGAACGAACAGACGGACAGACGCAUGGACAAGCAGAUGCUUCUUGGCAGGUUGUCCACUCUUCUGUGCCUGCUUAGUGGGGCCUUGUCCACAGGCUCAGCGAGGCCUGGACCCCAGGCUCCCCAGCCUCAGUCCUGGGCUGCAGCCAAUCAGACUUGGGCUCUGGGCCCAGGGGCCCAACCCCCACUGGUGCCAGCCCCAGCCCUUGGGAGCUGGAAGGCCUUCUUGAGCCUGCAGAAAGCCAGGCAGCUGGAUAUGGGUAGGCUGCAGCGUGGGCAGGAUAAGGCGGCUGCUGUGACUCUGCCGCUGAACCCUCAGGAAGUGACCCAGGGGAUGUGUAAGGCCGUGCCCUUUGUUCAGGUGCUCUCCCGGCCCGGCUGCUCAGCCACACGCCUCCAAAAUCACCUCUGCUUUGGUCACUGCUCCUCUCUCUACGUCCCUGGCUCGGACCCCACUCCACUAGUCCUGUGUAACAGCUGCAUGCCUGCUCGCAAGCGCUGGGCACCCGUGGUCCUGUGGUGUCACGCUGGCAGCCCAGCCUCCCGUCGAUGGGUGAAGAUAUCCACCGAGCUGAUCGAGGAGUGUCAUUGCGGCCCGAAGGCUUAAACUGAGCAUCGUGGACAGGUGCACGGGGACAUGCACCUUGGAGAGAUGAGGGGAGAUGGACCAAGAAAGACGCAGACCUGGAUGAUGAACUCUGGUUCAAGAGACCGGGGAUGCAGGGUUUGACAGACAGGUCCCCAGAGUCCUCACCCUGCUCCUGGAGACACUAGACACAGUGCCAGUCCUGGAGUUGCAUCACUGAUAGUGAUAGCACACACUGAUGGACCACUCACUGCUUACCAGGACCCGUGUUAGGCAUUUGACAGGUACUAACUCAUGAAAUCCUUACAGCAGCUCAAUGGGAUAGCUGCUAACAUCACCCCAUUUUACAGAUGAGAAAACCAAGGCCUGGAGUGGCAAAGCCACUCACCCAGAGUCACACCACAGUAAGCGGCACAGCCAG